CUGGAGAGAGCAAGAUAGACAGAGCGAGACAGACUUUCCUACAAACAACUGAUGUAAUUGGUACCUUUUGAAAUCUCUUGGAACACAACUCUAAACUGAGUGUAGGAGUCUCUGAUCACAUCUUUAGCCAUAUUUCCUUUGAAUUUCACACUGAUGGAAACUUCUUUGUACCUCACCCUCCUAAUCUCAGGAUUCUACACACCUUCCUCAUGUCUUCAUCAGUAUCACCUCAUUACCAACGAUAUGACCUGGACUGAUGCCCAGAGUUAUUGCAGAGAGACUUACACUGAUCUGGCUACAGUAGAUGACAUGGAGGACCAGAACAGGCUGAUGACCAGUGUCAGUGUUCAUGAUUCGUUCUGGAUCGGACUGAAGAAGGGAGACUCCAUGAAGUGGAACUGGUCUCUGGCAGACAGACGUUUCUACAGAGAGGGGGAGACGGAGUUCAGAAACUGGGACACUGGGACGCCCCAAAAUGGUAACUGUGCUUUAAUGACUACAGCUGGGUUGUGGAACAACGCCUCCUGUGAUGACCAGCAUCACUUCAUCUGUUAUGAUGGAAAACAAGUCACCAACCUAACAUACGUCUUAAUUCAGGAGAACAAGACCUGGAUAUAUGCUCAGAGUUACUGCAGACAGCAUCACACAGACCUGGUCAGUGUGAGGAACCAGACUGAGAACACAGAGAUAGAGAAGAAGAUAUCACUGACGGGACUUCCUGUGUGGAUCGGCCUGUUUCAAGACUCCUGGAGAUGGUCAGACCAGAAUGACUCCUCAUUCAGAAACUGGUGGCCAGGAUGGUUCAGAACAGAUCAGGGAUACAGUUGCAUGACGGUGUCUUCUUAUCCCUCUUCUUCUUAUUAUUCUAAAUGGAUAAAUACGCCCUGUGAAAACCACUAUCCUUUCAUCUGCUAUGAGGCUCUUCAACUGAAGAGACAGGUGGUGAGAGUGAAGAUGACACAAAGGGAUCAACAUCUGAACCUCAGAGAUCCUGCUGUUCAAGACGCCAUCGUACAAGAUAUAAGGAACAAGCUGAAGGAGCAGGGGUUACCUGCAGACACCAAAGUGACAUGGAAAAAGCAGCCUGAUGGGAAGGUCUUCCACAAGGAGGAAGAGGGGUCUCCCAAGAAAGAAGAGGAGGAGAAGAAGAUGAAGAGGAUGAUGACAAAGAGAGAACUCUAAUUAUGUUAAAUGUUCUCCUUACAUUUCUAUUUUUAUUUACAUGAAUUAUCUGUACUGGUCCAGAUUGUCUCAGUUUAACUGAAACAGGUCUUUAUCUGAGAUACAGUUCAUUGUUUUAUCAUACAGAAUAUUGCUUUAUCAUAUAUUAAUUUUGUUUUACAAUAGUAUGUGAUCUUAAGUUACAAAUCUUUAACAUUGUUCAUUGUUUGAAUCUCUUUUGUUAGUUUAUAUAUUAGAACCUAGUUUCAACUGUAGACUUGAUGGUUCAUUUGGAAUAUUAAUAAACAACAUGGUGAGAGAUGCUCUUUCUCCUCAGUCAUUAUAGACAGUAUUCAGACUUGAGAUCUGAUCACUGGAAUUGCUGUGCAUUGACAUCAAUGAAUGAUUCAGGUGAAAGUCCCAUUUGCAAGCACAUGGAUCUCAUGUCAGAUUACCAUCGUAACAGCUCUGUAUUUCUUUACUGGAAAUUCAUUUAGAUUUAAAGAAAUCAUCUGUCAUUCAUCUACAAGGUUUUAUUUUAAUCAAAAUGUUCAUUUUUAUGACCCAGUAAAAAAUAUCUCUCUUAGUGAAUCCUUGCAUGUAAACACAGUCGCUAAGAGGUGUACAAGUGCCAUUGCAACGGUGGUCAUCACACCACAGCAAUGCUUCCAUGGAAGGCUACUUUGUUUCUUGUUUGCCUAUGCUAAACAACUGUUCACUGACAUGUGCUUUAAUGACGCACGUAGCCUACCGUAGCAUUGGCCUGUGGUUCUUUAUUGAGCCUUGUCGUUGUUAUUUUUGACAAUAAAUUGUGGU